AUGGAGUCUUCUUCUUCUGCUGCUGCUGCUACUGCGUAUAAUACUCUCGGGGUGAGGACGAGAGCGCAGAAAAGGCGGAUGGGCGAGAGAGACGUGUGGGAUUUGAUCGUGAAUAACGACGACAUUUGUUUCAAACACAUUCUUCCGAGAUUGAAUCGAACGGAUGUGAAAUUCUUGUACGGAGUGAAUACGGAGACGAGAAAGUUGAUUAAGAGAUCAUCUCGUGAGGGGGAUUUGAAAUGGAAGUUUGAAGUGAAAGAGAUGUCGUCGAUAUCGACUUUGGAGUUUGUGUGGGAGAAUAAAUCGUUGUGGUCGGGUUGGUGGAACCAAACAUGGUUCUGCUGGAGAGUUGCUGAAACGAAUAAACUCGAGUUGCUCAAGUGGGCGCGAGAGGAGAAAAAGUGUGAGUGGAAUGAAAAGACGAUUAAUACGGCCGCACAUCAAGGUAAUCUGGAAAUGGUGAAGUAUUGCAUUGCGAAUGAGUGUCCUAUCAAUGUGUAUGCGUGUGAAAGUGCUGCCGAAAACGGUCAUCUCGAGGUACUCAAAUACUUACACGAAGAAGUCAAAGCGUCUUGGGAUUGGGAUACUGCCACUUGUGCGGCUGGAAAUGGUCAACUUCAUAUACUCGAAUAUCUUGUUGAGCGUAAGUUUGAUCAAUUUUGCGAAGAUGCGUGUCGGUGGGCGGCCGAGAACGGCCACUUAGACUGUUUGAAGUACUUGCACGAAACCGCCAAAGCGCCUUGGGACGAGGACGCCGUUCGAGAAGCGCGCAAGAACUACCACCCCGAAUGUGUACAAUACUGCCUCGACAACGACUGUCCUCUCCCACCCGGUUGGCGAUACGAAGAUGGAGAGUUAUACGUAUCAGAAUCAGAAUCAGAAUCAGAAUCAGAAUCAGAGAAUUCCAUUUGGUAA